UUUGGGUGAUGCUCAUUUCUCUUCUUGCUGAAUCAUGUCCUCCUUGGUAAUACUGUAAUGUAUCGGAGAAGGACCAAAUAAAAGGAAAAACCCCAACUUGGUUUAUAUACAAAUGUUAAAAAGGAAGAAUGGCUUACAGCUAUUAGAGUUCUUGUUUUUCAAUGGGUCCUGUGGUCAUAGCUUGUACUUUACAACUGCCUUCUUCAACUCCCCAUUCCAUAUUCCUUGGUUCUCCGUUGGUAACGGGUCUUUGCUUGGUGGGGACUACUUGCCUUAGUAGUUUCCUAUAUUUGGUUAUUAUAGUUUUUAAUUAAUUUUAAUUACAAGAUAAGGGAAUACUGAGAGGUGCCUUAGAGGAUCUUCUGCUUUCCAGACAUACUCCUCCUUAUCCGUAUAGUGUGGCAGCUGUCUGAUUUCCCCUUAGUAGUCAGGAUCACUUACCCCAGCCAGUACAGUAAUCCCCUUCUUUGCCUGUUCAUUUGUUGGCAUGAGGAACCCAAAGUGGCCAAGUAGCAGUCAACUUCCAGUUUAAUGGAACUACUGUAUUUUCCCCUGGUACAAGCAUUUCUGUCUUGGUAACUAAGACCUCUAGGCCAGCAAGAGUCCGAUGUUUCAACUAUGGGAAGCAAAAAUUUCACUAGUGAAUCACUAAGGGUAAGGCUCCACUCCCAUUUCCACCCCUGAUUCCCGUGAAUUGUGGCAAUGGGAGAAGCAGCACUAUGCACUCAUGUAUAGCAUGCCAUAUCCUGGAGGCUACCAGUCCAGCCUUUAAAGUGCUGAUAACCAGCCGGCAGCAUAAUUGAGUCUGCAAAAUGCCACUCCAUUAUUUCCUCAGGCCAGCUGCUUCAGGGUAUUGGGGAACAUAGUUAAACCAGUUAAUUCCUUAAACAUGAGCCUUCUGUUGUGCUUCGUUUGCUAUAAAUGAGUACUUUGGUCAGAAGUAAUUUGGUGGGGAAUACGAUGACAGUCAGUAGGAAUUCCCUGAAUUCAUGCAGAGUGGACAUGAUAGAGCACUGCAGGCAGGGAUGGUAAAUUCAUAUCCAGAGUAAGCAUCUGUAUCAGUGAGAACAAAGUGCUGCCUUUCAUUAUAGAUGUUUCCAAUGCAGUCACUUUGCCAUCAAGCAUCUGACUGUCCCCACAGAAAAUGGCGCCUCCAUUGGAACUCAAGGUUGGUAUGAGCUGUUUGCAGGUUGGGCACUUAGCUGUGGAUGUAGCCAGAUGGGUCUUCGUGAGUGACAAUCCAUGUUGCAGAAGGCACUUUGUUCUUGAUUUCGUUGUGCAAGGACAGGUGUGGUCCAUGUCCAGGUCAUCUAGUCUACCUGAUUAAUUAUGAUUAUCUUUUGUGGAGGUUGUUUUCAGUGAGCCUUAACAUGGGACUCAAAUACCUUCACACUGACCAUUCAGAGAGGUCUAUACAUACAUCUCUUUCUCAGACCUCAUUGCCACCAGUUUUCCUAUUUGCUACCUUCCAGGUUGCUAACCAUCCUGCUAAUCAUUAACCAUUGCCUAUGAUACUGUGGAUGUAUUCCUCUGGCAAAGUGAAUAACUAUGUGCACUGCUUACUGCUGACGGGGAGGAUUUCCCAUCUCCAAUGUUUUUCAGGGCCUCUCUGGAGAGACGCUAGAGUGCUUUAGUUGUUCACUUUCAGGUGGUGACAAUAUAUCAUGCAGAAUCUUUUAUAAAUUAGGCCUGCAUUUUGUUUCUUCCUUAGUUACAGGGGAUCCCGCCAUGAGGUCAUAGGUGCAGGUUGAGGAGGAGGCAAAGGGGAGCAUGGUGCAUGAGCAUUCGGACUUCUUGUUCAUGCCUUCACUUAGAACCUGCUCCCUUUGGCAUGUACCAGCUCCAUUGUGAUGAUGGAGGUCUGCCUUAUGAAUUGAUGGGUCAGAUGACACCUGGUUGAUGAUAGGCAGCACGGGUCACAUAGUCACUUAGUCUCUUGUAAGACCCGGGAGCAACCCAGAAAUUGUUUCCAAAAGGGUAAGAGUUCUCUAAACUUUGCUCCAAAAUCCUAAUCAUCUUUGUUGUGACUCAUCUGUAGGCCAAAGGUGUCAUAUAACAUCCCCAUUCAUCACAGACUUACAGCACCAUCAAAUCUGUUGGGUCAUAUGGCUCAAUGGUAAGAGAAGAUUGUAUCAUGGCAUUACCUCUUGUUCGAGGUCCUCCUCAAAACAGGCAAGUUUUGGGGUUACUUGGUAAAUUAGGUGUGUCUUGCCUCCCAAAUCCAAGUAGUCCAUUAGGCUCUGUGCUGCUCUCUUAGUAAUAGGAGGGGCCAGAUGUCGAAACUUAUCCUUCAUUUUAGAAGAGAUCGGAUCGCUCAACAUGCCCCAUACCCUUUGACUCUCACCAAGGUGAGAAAAAUUCAGGCUUCUGAAUUUUUAUGGGAUUUAUCUUAUAUCCUCUGGCAAGAGUCUCUCUUAGCAAUUUGUCUGUAGUAGCUGCUACUGCUGCUUCUUGCUCAGCAGGUCAGGCAAGCGUGAUAUCAUCAAUGCAGAGAGCGAGUGUAAUGUCUAGUGGAAUGAAAAGGCAAGCAGGAUCCCUGCAGACUAGAUUAGGGCUAGAGAGUAGAUACAGCUCUGAGGUGGGAGAGUAAGGAUACAUUGCUGGCUCAGCAAACUGCUUUUACUGUACUAUACUGUUUCCCUCUGCUAUAAUAACAGGUACAUGGGUAUGGAGAAUAAAACAUUCAACAGAUCAAUAGCUGAAGCCAGAUGCCAGGGUAUGUGUUCUGUCUCAUUAAUGAAAUUACAGCUGGAACAGUGGCUGCUGUUGGAGCCACAACCUUAUUAAUUUUGGCAUACUUCACUCUCAAUCUCCAGAAUCCAUUGGCUUCUGCAUACACCACAUAGGUGAGCUGAAUGCAACGUGGAAGUCGUCAUUAUCUUUACAUCUUUCAAGCCCUUGAUGUAGGCAGUAUUAUUUUUGGUUUGCUGUAUUGGGUGGUAAAGGCAGUUUUGCUGGCUUCCACUUGACCUUUCCUAUCAUGAUAAUCCUUAAUUAUGGGCCAGGAGACCAAUGUGUGGAUUCUGCCACUUGCUGAAUAUAUCUGUUCUCGGUAUACAUUCUGGAACUGAGGAAAUAAUCAUGUAGCAGAUUAGAAGGUCUGCUGUAUAUCACUAGCAGCCACUGGACUUGAGCCUGCUCCUCCCCCAUGCCAAUGAGAUCACCAGCCUGCCCUUACACUGAGUUUCUUAAAUACAGAAAAUAUGGCUAUUGCUUUAUUUCUACCUUUUAAAUCUCUGGCAACCAAAACUGCAUUGAUUACCUCACUUAAGUCGAGUUUUUACUCUGACUGGUGGAUCACCAUGGCAUUUUGGUUUUCUAAGAAUUAGCAUCAGUUCACAGCUAAUGUCCAGUAGUUUCUGAGAAGUGAUUUCUCUUUUUCUAAUGCACAGUUACCCUAAUAAACAUCUCUAGUGAAGACUAGUAGGAAGAUUCAUUACAUAUAUUUUUAGUUGUGUGGUAGAGUCCUUCCCCAAGGGGCUCCAACCUCUGCCUUAUUCAAGGGCCUCUGGUUCUAUAAGUUGGUUCAAUUCUGGAAAUUGGUCGAAGGAUGGUCGCCGUGUUGUGGUGUUUCUGGUUCUGUUUACCAGAAUCGGAGCUUUUUAUUCUGCAUAUACAAAUCAAGUAAUCUAUUUCCAUUUCAGGGACAUCGCAGUCAACUAGCCAAUCCAAGAUCGUGUGGGUCAAACUAUUCUGAUUGCUGCCUCAGCUCUGUUGCCCUUCAUGGCAACCACAUCCACUUUAUUUUUGGUCAUACAUUCAAUUGCUGCUGUUCAGCCCCCAUACCUUGGAAUCCAUCAUUGUCGUUGAAUCAGCUCUGACUGAGGAACUAGAUUCUAUAACCAGCGAGCUACAUGCAGUAGAAAUUCAAAUUCAAGAACUAACGGAAAGGCAACAAGAGCUUAUUCAGAAAAAAAAAGUCCUAACCAAGAAAAUAAAGCAGUGUUUGGAGGAUUCUGAUGCCGGGGCAAGCAACGAACAUGAUUCUUCACCUGCCGCUUGGAAUAAAGAAGAUUUUCCAUGGUCUGGUAAAGUUAAAGAUGUUCUGCAAAAUGUCUUUAAGCUGCAGAAGUUCAGACCACUUCAGCUUGAAACUAUUAACGUAACAAUGGCUGGAAAGGAGGUAUUUCUUGUUAUGCCUACAGGAGGUGGAAAGAGCUUAUGUUACCAGUUGCCAGCAUUAUGUUCAGAUGGUUUUACACUUGUCAUUUGCCCAUUGAUCUCUCUUAUGGAAGACCAAUUAAUGGUUUUAAAACAAUUAGGAAUUUCAGCAACCAUGUUAAAUGCUUCAAGUUCUAAGGAGCAUGUUAAAUGGGUUCAUGCUGAAAUGGUAAAUAAAAACUCCGAGUUAAAGCUGAUUUAUGUGACUCCAGAGAAAAUUGCAAAAAGCAAAAUGUUUAUGUCAAGACUAGAGAAAGCCUAUGAAGCAAGGAGAUUCACUCGAAUUGCUGUGGAUGAAGUUCACUGCUGUAGUCAGUGGGGACAUGAUUUCAGACCUGAUUAUAAGGCGCUUGGUAUCUUAAAGCGGCAGUUCCCUAACGCAUCACUAAUUGGGCUGACUGCGACUGCAACCAAUCACGUUUUGACGGAUGCUCAGAAAAUUUUGUGCAUUGAAAAGUGUUUUACUUUUACAGCUUCUUUUAAUAGGCCAAAUCUAUUUUAUGAGGUUCGGCAGAAGCCCUCAAAUACUGAAGAUUUUAUUGAGGAUAUUGUAAAGCUCAUUAAUGGGAGAUACAAAGGGCAAUCAGGAAUCAUAUAUUGUUUUUCUCAGAAAGACUCUGAACAAGUUACGGUUAGUUUGCAGAAUCUGGGAAUUCAUGCAGGUGCUUACCAUGCCAAUUUGGAGCCAGAAGAUAAGACCACAGUUCAUAGAAAAUGGUCAGCCAAUGAAAUUCAGGUAGUAGUGGCAACUGUUGCAUUUGGUAUGGGAAUUGAUAAGCCAGAUGUGAGGUUUGUCAUCCAUCAUUCAAUGAGUAAAUCCAUGGAAAAUUAUUACCAAGAGAGUGGACGUGCAGGUCGAGAUGACAUGAAAGCAGACUGCAUUUUGUACUAUGGCUUUGGAGAUAUAUUCAGAAUAAGUUCAAUGGUGGUGAUGGAAAAUGUGGGACAGCAGAAGCUUUAUGAGAUGGUAUCAUACUGUCAAAACAUAAGCAAAUGUCGUCGUGUGUUGAUGGCUCAACAUUUUGAUGAAGUAUGGAACUCAGAAGCAUGUAACAAAAUGUGUGAUAACUGCUGUAAAGACAGUGCAUUUGAAAGAAAGAAUAUAACAGAGUACUGCAGAGAUCUAAUCAAGAUCCUGAAGCAGGCAGAGGAACUGAAUGAAAAACUCACUCCAUUGAAACUGAUUGAUUCUUGGAUGGGAAAGGGUGCAGCAAAACUGAGAGUAGCAGGUGUUGUGGCUCCCACACUUCCUCGUGAAGACCUGGAGAAGAUUAUUGCACACUUUCUAAUACAGCAGUAUCUUAAAGAAGACUACAGUUUUACAGCUUAUGCUACCAUUUCAUAUUUGAAAAUAGGACCUAAAGCUAAUCUUCUGAACAAUGAUGCACAUGCUAUUACUAUGCAAGUGACAAAGUCCACGCAGAACUCUUUCAGGGCUGAAUUAUCUCAAACUUGUCAUUCUGAACAAGGUGAUAAAAAGAUGGAGGAAAAAAAUUCAGGCAACUUCCAGAAGGCGGCUGCAAACAUGCUUCAGCAAUCUGGUUCUAAGAAUACAGGAGCUAAGAAAAGAAAAAUUGAUGAUGCCUGAAAUGAAUGUUACUAAAUUUUCUAAUUAAAGAUGGUUUAUGCAUGUAUAUGCCAUUAUUUUUGUAGUUAGAUAAAAGUUUAAUUUUUAAAGCAAUUUCAUUGAUAUUUUAUAUGUAUGGAUCUAUAUUUUCAGAGCUUAUCUCUGAAGAUCUAAACUUUUGAGAACGUUUGAAAAUUAGAGAUCAUGAAUUAUAUAAUUUUCCAGUAUAAUACAAGGGAAAAAUUUUUAUGUAAAACACUUUAUAUGUAAAAUAUUUGAGAAUAAGUUCAUAUAAUUGUCUUAAGUUUUUUAUGCCUUUAUGUACUUAGCUAUAUUUUUUCUUUUGACAUAACUAUCUUUUUGAAAGCAAUAUUAUACUGACAGAGGCUCACUGAGUGAUACUUUAAGUUAAAUACGUAGAUCAGGGAUGUCCAAUCUUUUGGCUUCCCUGAGCCACACUGAAGAAUUGUCUUGGGCCGCACAUAAAAUACGCUAACACUGACAAUAGCUGACGAGCUUAAAAAAAAAAAAACUGCAAGAAAAUCUCA